AUGUCUUUGAGUAACCUGGCCUGCGCAUUGCUCCUUGGGGCUGCUCAUGCAAUCCCCUAUAGCGAGUAUAUCUUGGCACCGUCUUCUAGGACAGUCUAUCCAGCGUCUGUUUACCAGGUCGGCGGCACGGUCGAUAAUGCUGAAGGCCUCAUCGGCGGGGCAAACACGACGGUCACCAUCUCAGGGACAAACAACGGCGGACAGAACUCGUCUGUGACUGUUGAUUUUGGACGCAACAUUGCUGGCCAAGUCUCACUGUCUGCACUAGACUCUGCGGACGCGAAUGCUGCCAUUUGGCUGACCUUCUCUGAGUCCAGUCUGUGGGUCAGCAGCUAUGGCAGCGACGCGGUGUCGGAUAGUGGGCUGGAUGCACCCAUUCCGCUGUCCGUGGGCGGAGGUUCCGGGACUUAUACAGUUGAAAGACAGUACGCCCGUGGUGGCUUCCGAUAUCUCACCCUGGUCAACAAUGGGACAGCCGAUAUUCAACUAUCAGGCCUCUCUGUGCUCUUUACAGCGGCACCUACGCAGGAUCUGCAGGCUUACACGGGUUAUUUCCACAGCAACGACGAGCUUCUCAACAGGAUAUGCUGUCUUGUCGACGGUGCGAAGCGGGACACUCUCGUCUGGCCUGGUGAUCUCUUCAUUUCUGGCCCGUCCGUUGCCUAUAGCACGUAUGCCUUGGACGCUAUCAAAAACUCCGUCGACUCCCUGUUCCUCCUCCAGACGCCCGAGGGCAUCCUGCCUUAUGUCGGUGUGCCUUUCCGCGACGUGAUCAACCAGACGAGCUUCACUUAUCACCUGCACAACCUAAUCGGCGUCUACAACUACUACUGGUUUACCGGAGACCAGGCAUGGCUACAGUCCCUUUGGGACCAAUUCAAGCGCGGCUUGGCGUGGUCGCUCAGCAACGUCGACUCAAGUGGGUUGAUGAACGUCACUGCCUCGGCAGACUGGCUCAGAGCCGGCAUGGGAGGGCACAACAUCGAGGCCAAUGCGAUCCUGUACUAUACCCUCAAUCUCGGGGUCCAACUCGCAGGUGUGCUAGGGGACGAUGCUGCCAUGUCAGAUUUCCAGAGUGCUGCGGCCGGAAUCAAGGAGGCUGCCAAUUCACUUCUCUGGAACGAGGGACUGGGGUUCUACACAGAUAAUGAAGACACGACUCUAACCCCUCAGGAUGGAAACAGCUUUGCCGUCCUCGGAAACCUCACAGAAAGUGACGCGCAGAAGGCUUCUAUAAUCAGCAACCUCCAGGGCCGUUGGGGUACCUACGGAGCGCCUGCUCCCGAAGUGAACUCCACACCGGCGACCAUCUCGCCCUUUGCCACGGGGUUCGAGCUCGAGGCACACCUCGUCGGGGGCAAUGCGGCGGGCGCGCUGGACCUCCUGCGCCUGCAGUGGGGGUUCAUGCUCGAUGACCCAAGGAUGACGAACUCCACGUUCAUAGAGGGCUACGCCGCAGACGGAGGCCUCGUGUAUGCUCCCUACAGGAACGACCCCAGGGUCAGCCACGCGCAUGGCUGGAGCUCCGCGCCGACGAGCCUGCUGAGCCGCUACGUCGCCGGGAUCCACCUGACAGCGGCAUUAGGCCAGACGUGGAGGAUCGCGCCCCUGCCUGGAGGCCUCAGCACCGUGAGCUCGGGGAUGAGCACGACGCUGGGCAGCUUCGCAGUCGACGUCGCGGCCGACAGCGGAGGGGCCAUCACGAGCUUCAGCUUCGAGGCGCCCGCUGGGACGACGGGGGACGUCGUCCUGCCGCCGGGAACGGAGGGGUCUCUGACGAGCGACACUGGCGAGUCGGUGGCGCUGUCUGGUGGGAUUGCCACGGGCGUUAGUGGUGGCAGGUGGACUUAUUCCACGUGA